UUCAAGACUCACGAUGAUAGUGAACGUCCCAUGAAGAUUCCUCCGGCCGGGUUGCCCUUCUCUGCCUAAACUAGAAACUAGUGUUACGGAGCGUCUAGUGGACCGACUACCGUUUGCAUAGGUCGCGGAACCUCUACAGAUUAACUUAAUCGAGCAUUUUUCUCCACCUUCUUCACACCAAUAUGACAGUAAAGAAUGCAAAAACAAAGUUGGUUCCGCCGGACGGAGGAUGGGGUUGGGUUGUUCUUUCUUCAGCUCUUAUUGUGAACUUCCUCAUUCCGGGCACCGUGAAAUCGUUCGGUGUCCUUUUUGUCGAAUUUCUUCAUGUUUUCAAAGCUUCUUCCACCGCUGCCUCCUGGAUGCCAGCUUUAUGCUAUUUUUUGUACAACUCUUUAGGUCCAUUAUCGAGCAUUUUAUCAAACAAGUAUUCUUAUAAAACAGUAACCAUUAUUGGUGGCGCUUUUGCGGCUUGCGGAAUGAUGCUGAGUUAUUUUGCUAAUUCAGUUUCUUAUUUAUACGUUAGUUAUGGCUUGAUGGUUGGAAUUGGAGCCGGAUUAACGUUUCCACCAACGGUGUACAUUGUCACUUCGUAUUUUGAAAAAUUACGAGGUGUUGCAAAUGGCCUAUGCAUUUCUGGUAGUGCUAUUGGAACUAUCGUAUUACCCCCGUUUCUGCAGUAUCUUCUCGAUUGUUUUGGAUAUAGAGGUGCAGUAUUAGUCAUGGGUGCACUUACAUUGAAUACAUUAGUUUGUGGUUUAUUGUACCAUCCUGUCGAACAACAUAUGAUUGCAGUACCAAUAGAAGGAGGAAUUGAUAAUCAAGGAUUAACUAUAGAUGAACCAGUUCUUGAUAAACAAAAGUCAACAGAAUCCACUAUUGAAAAUGAAACAACAUCAAAAAAAAAAGAAAAUUUCCAAACAGAAAAUGCGAUAAAUAAUCCUAAAGUAAAUGAUGAUUUGAAAGAUAAAAACGAAGAUGUAACUGAAAACAAGAUAAAUGAAACAGAAAAAGAAAAUAUUUUUAACAAAGAUAAAUUAAAUCUAGAUAAAAAACAAGAACAUACCGAAAAUCAGAAUGCGAAUUCUUCAUGGCAAGAAAGUAACAUUUCUGAAAUGAAUGUAACAUCCUGUAAAUUAGAAGAUGAAAAUCCAGAAUUAUACAAUCUAUCAUCAAAUGAGUAUAAAGAUAAGAAAAUACACGAACGAUUGAAGACAAAAGAAUCAGAAGAAUUAUCAGAAAAAUCAACAUCUAGGACAUCAUUAUCCAAGGUUGAAGUCACAGGUAAAAGACAAUUCUUUGACCUAAGUGUUUUAAAGGAUCCAAUUUAUUUAGUAAUUCUCAUUUCAAAUUCUACCUCAGCUAUCAGCAAUACCAAUUUCAUGAUCUUACUACCUUCUUAUGCCAUUUCACAAGGAUUUGAUAAAAAUUCUUCUGCGUUACUUUUAUCAAUUGUUUCUGCUCUUGAUUUAGUUGGACGAAUCAGUGGUGCUUCAUUAUCAGAUAUUGAUUUUAUGCCAAAGUAUUAUUAUUUCAUUGGUGGUCUUGGUACCAGUGGAAUAGCUUUAGCAUUAUUACCUAUGGCAACAAGUUAUGCAAUGCUUUCCUUUUUUUGUGCAUUAUUUGGAUUAUCAUCAGGCAUGUAUAUUGGAAUCACAACAGUAAUUUUAGCAGAUAUGAUUGGUACAGAAAAAUUAAGUUCAUCGUAUGGAAUAUCUUUAUUUGUUAAUGGAGUUCUUCAACUAAUUGGUCCACCUAUUUGUGGUAUUGUAUUUGAAACUGUAGGAUCAUAUAAACCCAUUUUUUUAGCUUUUGGUAUCAUACUUAUUUUAGGCACUGCAUUGUGGGCAGUUGUACCACUUAUAAAGAGAAACAACAAAAAAACUUUGCAAGAUGUAUAACAUUUCAUAAUUAUUAGUUUAUUUAUAUAAUAACAGAAUAUUGCACAAUUUUAAAAAAUUAAAAAGUAUUAUUUCUUUUAACUGCCAU